AUAUCAUCGUGGUUCACGUUUACAUAUACAUUUACCUUUAUUUGGCUUUGAACAUUUUAUUUUAAAAUUAGCUGAAUAUUUUCCUAAACGUUUGAAAUUUUCAAAUCUAAAAAUGUUUUAUCUAAAUCUAAACGAUGAUGAUGAGCAGCAAAUAGCAGCAAAUUUUCUAAAUGAUAAUGAUGAUGAGGAUGAAAAAAUAAUAUUACAUAAUGAAGAAUCCACGCCAUAUCAAGCAAAUAUGAAGUUUAAAAACACCAAAGAAGUUACCAUUAAUAUUUUCUCUGAUCAAAUUAAUUGUAAAAAUUUUGAAAUCUAUAAUAAUCAUGGUUAUUAUGAACUAUUUUAUAGUCCUGAACCUUCACCUUUUCAUUUGAAAUUAUUAUGCUUGCUAGUGAAACCGAAGCGUAUAUUUGGUAUAGUCGAUACUUUUAAUAAUAAAUCUAUAGUACCGAAAUAUUUGUAUGAACUUUGUGUGGGAGCUAAGGAAAGAAUUAUGAAAAAACAGGAAAGAAAAUUAAGUAAUCCUUUUCAAUUGGCUGGUAGUAGUAGACAACCAAUUAUGACUGUUAUUCCGGCUGGUGUGACAAAUAACGGUAGGAAAACAGGGCCAUACUUAAGCGAUUCGGAAAGUGAUGAUAAUGAAGUUUGAAUGAAAUUGUUAUAAUUUGAAGUAA